CCAAGACCUUUAUGUUACGUCAGUUAAAUCGAAUAGGCCCCUGACAUAUGUCACGAUUAUAAUCCCGCCUGGGGUGUGAGGCCUGCGAGAUGAAAUGGUGCCAAACGAAAUGUCCAACGAUCCCUAUUGUUAGAAAGUGCUGCUUCUUUGUGCCCAUACGGAAAGGAGUUAUUAUAUUCGGAUAUGUCAAUUUGGUGCUCACUCUCCUCGUGUUCCCAUUCUUCGUCUUUAUGCUGGUGGAGGAGGCGACUAAAGAUGACGACGGCGAGGAACUGCCUCCACGCAUGGACCCCAUAGUGCAUAUACCGCUGACCCUCGCCUUUCUGCUCACUGAUGUUGUCAUGUACAUCGUGCUGCUUAUUGGAGCCCAUAAGAGAAAACAGGGCUUACUGAGAAGCUACCUGUACUUCGGCCUCGUGUUCCAAGUGGUGACUUUCUGCGUGGAUAUGGUGUUCCUUGACAUGGAAGAGUACCUUGAGAACGCCGUGUAUUUCUUCUUUUUAGGUCUGAACCUGUACCUGCUUUUUCUGGUCUACAACACAGUACGGGUCAUUGAGGAGAGUGCAGUCCAGUAUGUGGCGCAUCAGGAUUUGAGGCAUCUCAUCAUAUGACGUCAAUACUCUCGACAGAUCUCAACAACAAAAUGGAGCAUAAGAAAACUCGCGGUCACAAUACAAUCAAAUGAAAUCCA